AUGUCUACCUGUCACCAGAAGGGAGGCCGCCGCCGUGAAGGACACGAAGCGCCUGAAGCGGCGGCAUCAGAGGUGAUCGCUGUGGCUGCUCGUCGAUUUGGGCGGCGGGAUCCUCGUACCCACCGGGGAGGAGAGGCGGAGGAAACGGACCCACGUCCCAUCUCAGCACCGGUCCGCCCGAAGUACGGCUCUCCUUGCUCAUUGGCGCGCGAGUGGAGGAGGAUCCGUCACCUGAUUGACGUAAAGUGGACCAAUGAAAACGCCGGAAUGAAUGCCAGGCAAGACGAGCAUUCGCCGCAGCCAAUGGGUAGAGGCCGCGGCGAUGGGGCGGGGAAUCAAAUGCAGACCACCCAGUGGUGCCGCGGCCGUUCGUAUAUCCGCAUCAAAGCGGCCGCUCCUGUUCCCGCCCGCCCUCCCUCCUCCGCUCAUUGGCCGCUGCCGUCGAUCCGCACCGCCCACUCUGUACACCACGUGGGGCCCGUCGCCCGGUGGCUACCCCGCCCGACUCGCCACGGUCACGUGACCGGGCUCAGUCGGCGAAGCCGCCAAGGCACGUCAUUGGACGCAGCAACGAUCUGGGACGGACGUGUCGGGCCUCGGCGCCUCGCCAUCGGCGGCGGCGCGGUUGGACACCCGGUCGGGGGCGGGGCGUCGGGCUUGCCGCCUCACUAUUGGCGGAGCGUCGGGCUUGCCGCCUGGCCAUUGGCUGCAGCCCCGUCUGAGACAGGGACGGGGCGGCUCUUCGGGCUUGCCGCCUUCCCAUUGGCUGCAGUGAGGCGCCGCCGCCACCUGACCGGUCAGCUGAGCCGCAGCACACGGACCAUGCUGGCGGGGAAGGCGGCCGUGGUGACGGCCUCCAGCCAGGGCAUCGGGCUGGCGGUGGCCCGGCGCCUGGCCCGGGACGGCGCCCGGGUGCUGAUCAGCAGCCGCAAGCGGGAGAACGUGGAGAGGGCGGUGUCGCGGCUGCGGGCCGAGGAGCUGCCGGUCUGGGGCACCGUCUGCCAUGUGGGCCGCGGCGCGGAGCGGGAGGCGCUGGUGGCCGAGGCCGUCGGCCUGUUCGGCGGCCUGGACAUCCUGGUGUCCAACGCCGCCGUCAACCCGUUCGCCGGCCGCACGCUGGACUGCCCGGACAGCGCCUGGGACAAGAUCUUCGAGGUGAACGUCAAGGCGGCCGCCCUGCUGGUGCAGCUGGCCGUGCCCCACAUGGAGAGGCGAGGGGGCGGCUCCAUCGUCCUGGUGGGCUCGGUGGCCGGCUACCGGCCCCUGCCACCCAUCGGCCCCUACUCGGUCAGCAAGACGGCGCUGCUGGGCCUGACCAAGGCGCUGGCCACCGAGCUGGCCCCGCUCCACAUCAGGGUCAACUGCCUGGCUCCCGGCUUCAUCCGGACCCGCUUCAGCGCCGGCCUGUGGGAGGACGAGGGCUGCCGGCGGAGGCUGGAGAAGGUGAUCGACAUGCGGCGCCUGGGGGAGCCCGAGGAGUGCGCCGGGACCGUCUCCUUCCUCUGCUCGCCCGACGCCGCCUACAUCACCGGGGAGACCAUCAACGUGAACGGCGGCAUUCACUGCCGGCUCUGAGGGGCGCCUUGUCCGCCGCUCGGAUCCCUCGUCGUCCUGGUCUCCUGCUGCCGGGCGGUGUUCCCUGGCCUCGCCCUGCACCACCCACACCACAGCGGGUCUCCAGUCCUGGUGCCCCUUUCACACACCGUCAACGUGUGAGCGCAAGGGCCUCAAGAACACAAGAAACAAUAGCGGGAGUAGGCCAGCCCGCCCCUCAGACCUCUAUUAUUUGCCCAUUCGUAACUGCAAUCGCACCAAAUGACAAGCUACUACCUCCUUGGGGCAACGUGACACCAGCACUACCCACUUCUGAGGAAAAAAGAUCAAUGCAAACUACCUGAAUGACGAGGAACAACUUAAGAGCAGUAUCAAGGCACCCACUCAAUAUCAAGUGGUAUUCCAGAAUAAAUUCCGACAGUCGUGGAAAGCAACUCUUGAUGUAAUUAUUUCCGAUUAGAGGUGAACGAACCCUACUGAUUCCUCCGCAACUCUUCGCCUUUGAAGUAGGAUCACUGGCAUUGUCAGGACUGCAGCCGUCAAUUUGUGGCCCUGUCAGCCUCCUCAAACAGCAGGGAGAAUUACUUGAGCCUCCAUUCCACCACGCCACCCCCCACACCUGUUGCCUGGGAGAGAAGGCGGGUUUACCAGCUCAUCUGAAGCAAGUCACCCCCCCAACAGUGCCCAACUCCCAGUGCCCCAACACCAGGAAGGUGGGUGACCCAGCAGAUGGUGUUCCGGGAGUGGGAUGCCCUGGUUAGGAACCAAAGUUGUAUGAGUCUCUCCCUGUCUUAUUUGGGACAACGUUGUUGGUUCUUGGUAUUGGAUCUGAAAGAAUAUACAAUUCCUUGGAAGACUGCAAGUCAUCAGAACUGAGGAAUGAAAGAGAGAUGAUGUGAAGGUAAAACACACACCUUGCUUGUCAGUGGGAUGUCACAAGAGAAUGCAGAUGCUGGAAACCUGAGACAACGCACAAUGCUGGAGGCACUUGGCGGGUCAGGCAGCAUCGAUGGAGGGAAAAGUCCAUGUUUUCGGCCGAGACCCUGUAUCAGAGGCAGAUUGGGAGACGCCAGCCCCUCCUUCACAUGAUACAUCGACCCAGGGUGGGAGUGACCUUCCUGCUGGAAUGGAGAUAACAACACUUGAACAGUUUCCUCUUUGUCCUGUAGAACUCCACUCCGGGUGGAAGCAUGUUGGAGCGGAGCUGCAGGAAGGUUGAGAAGUUUAUCCGGUCUUUGGUGUGGGUUUGGGAAGGCUGAGGCGCUCAGUAACAGAAUUCGAUUGCGACACGAGACUGCAAAUGCUGGAAUCUGGAGCAACACACAAUCUGCUGGAGGAACAGUGGGUCGGGCAGCAUCUGUGGGGAGGGGAGGAAGGAGCUGUCGACAUUCCGGGUUGAAACCCUGCAUCAGGACAGGAAUUUGAUGGGGUUGAGUGGUGGGUCUGAGGUCCUGAUCUCCUCUCACCCCUUUCCCUUGGAGGCUGCGCUGACAACGGUGGUGAUUUUCUCCAUUGGUUCUUCAGCAAAACACGGGAAGGGCAGUGGAAAUUUGCAAACACCCCCCACCACCCCCCAUCCAAAAAAAACCCCCAAAGAUCCAUCUGUUCCUCUACCCUGCUAAGAGUCCUACCAUUAACCUUGCAUUCUGCCUUCGAAUUUGAUCUCCCGGAGUGUAUCACUUCACACUUACCCGGGUUGAACUCCAUCUGCCACUUCUCAGCCCAGCUCUGCAUCCUAUCAACAUCCUGUUGUAACAAGAUGGGCAAUGACCAUCUCCAGCGGGAGAGACCAGGAUGGGGGGGUGGGGGGACGUCCCACGGCAUUUUCCGUUUGCUGGGAAUUCUCCCAGCAUCCUGGCACUGAUAUCCGUUCCUUCAGUGGCACUGGCGUGAGGGCAUCCGGUCGUUGUGGCACUGCUGUCUGUGCAAAUUCCAUCAGCGACAGUGGCCCCAGAGCUUCCCACUGGGGGUGCAGUGCCCCGGGGAGAGCUGGGGACACAGUGGUGAAGUGAAACGUUCCCCAGCUUCCCAGUCACAAACCUCUCCUCAGGAAGGCAGGUCUGAGUCUCACCCAGCACGGAUAGAGGCCCUUCGGCCCACUGACUCCGUGCCAACCAUCACCCAUUCACUCUGAUCGCGGUCCAUUGUCCCCAACUCCCCCCAGAUUCACCCCCUCACCCACACACACGGGGGCGAUUCCCAGCGGCAGAUUAACCCACCAACCCUGGGGUGUGGGAGGGAACCAAGAGUCCCCCCCAGGGGGAUGGGUCCAAAUGCAGCCGCUGAGAUCCACCAGUUAAUUGAAAUUGUCCUCCUGCUUCCUCCCCUCCCUGCUAACUGAUAGUUGUUUCAAAAUGAUGUUCUCGAUUUUAUAAAAUUAAAUCAGAAAUCCUAUGGUGAUUUCAGUUCAAGUUUAUUGUCAGGGGCAUAGGUGCCCAGGGUAUAAAAUCUGUGAAAAUGUAGCUUUUGGGAGCAGCAGCACAGUCCAUCCACCAUCAAAGACCCCCACCAUCCAGGCCGUGCCGUCUUCUCGCAGCUCCCGUCGGGCAGGAGGUACAGAAGCCUGAAGUCCCCACACCACCAGGUUCAGGAACAGCAACUUACCUUCAACCAUUCGGUUCUUGAACUGACCGGCACAACCCUAAUCACUACAGCUUAGCAGCACUACACUAAACUGGGCUUUGUUUUUGUUGUAGGUAAGCUUUCUCGUUCCAUGCACAUGACAAUAAACUCGACUUUGAUUUUAAUAA